AUGCGCGUGUGCGAUACUCUCGGUGGUACUCAAGUCCUCGAGCCAGCUCCGGCGUGGCCAUCGGAGCUCCUCAAAGGCGUCAAUUUGAGCGUUGACGCGAUGGCCAUACCCUCCGAGCCCAAAGAUGGCGCUGGCAACGAAGCCCUCCUACUUGACACAGUGGGAACCGUUCUGCAGAUGGCGAAAAUAGCUCGGAUGAACGAGACCAACGAAGAAGUCAGAGUCUUCUACAGCCACCUGAGCUGGAACUGCUUCAGACUUCAAGAACACUUGACACGCGCGCGGCAGGCAAUGUCUCGUCUCAAUGGAGAACUGGUCGGUCAGGCUCUGAGCCAUCUCGGCUCCCUUGUCCCCGAGACCGGUCUCCACGAACUCCCUUCAUACCCUGUCACACCAGAGCUCCGUCUCAAGAUGCUCUACCUGCACUGGGAUGAGGCGAGAAGGCGACAUGACCAGACAGAACUCGAUUUCAUCCACCGGUGGUUGAGACCGGGGCUUUCCGAAGAGCAGAGACACCAGGUGGACAAGGCGUUGGAAACUUGUGCGGACGAACUCGACAAACAACAGCCCGAGCAACCCUCCUUAAAAUCAGUUCACAAGUAUACCUCUCCUGAGAUUAACGAACCGCCAUACGCUGUUUGCAAGGCAGCCAAAUCGAUUUACGAUGCGUUAGUCAACUGCAAGGGCUGCUCAUGCCCCGAUCAGCAUGACUUCAAGGCCAAGCUUGAACUAGGAACAUACCGGAGCCCUGCGAAGAAGCAGGUAGUCAAGCCUGCUCGGAGACGAGUUCGAAGAGGCCGCGGCGAUGAUGAUGCAAGCGGAGGCAUUGAGCUAGACAUGUUUCUCUCCAUGGAGCGAGAUUGGCACGAAUUUCGCGUUCAAACUGUCCAAGAGAGAGUUGUUCGGUUUGACCCCCCAGUUGAUGAGGCCCCAUGCCGUGGGGGUAAAAUCGUCGAGCGGUAUGCAAAGGUGGAGAGGCUAUGCAGGCCGAUUAUCAAGACGAAAAUAAGGGCACUGCAACGACUGAUCCUGAGGCUGAACAGUGGCGAGCUUUUUGAGAUUGGCUUUGAGAAGAGCAACUUUCAAAUCGAUCACAACGCUGAGCCAAUCUCUCUGUCUCAGUGCUUCGAAGACCGACAGGACUUUUUCACGGAAAAGACGAAGAGAAUUCUCUCGCUCAUCAUCGGCUACACGGUCCUUCAUCUUCAUGGUACUUCAUGGCUCCAGCCUGGAUGGGGGUCAUCGAAUAUCAAGUUCUUUCAGACCACGUCUUGCAAGACCCCCCUACGACCUUUUAUCGAAGCACAACUACCCAAAGCUGGCCCCGACGCUUCAGCCCAAGGUUUUCAAUCCAUGGGUGACGAUGUAGAGGACGAUGAUGACGAGCUGGAUUCAGGGCAUUGCUGUCCAGAAGUGGUGGCCCUGGCCGUUGUCCUAAUGGAGGUGUAUUUCGCCAAACCCUUCAAAAGAUUAGCGGCCAUGCACGAUAUUCAACUGAUAGAAACUAAUAGUGGGCGAAUAACCCUCAUGGAUGUGGACCAGGUGUUUGAGGGAGAUGAGGAAAAUGAAGAAGGGUGGCGAUCCCAGAUCCCUGGAGACUCACCUCUGUUGGAAGCCAUCGACAACUGCCUAGACGCAGAGUUGUGGGAGGAUGAUGAAGGACAGCCCCUCGACAGAGUAACACUGAGGUCACGGAUGUAUCAAAAGGUUGUCCGGCCCCUCGAACUGGACCUAACCAACGGCUUCCGCAACAUUCAAUUGGAUGAGGUCGACCAAUACGCCAGGAAUCUUGACUUUGGAAAAUGGGGUCAGCCCAUGUCCAGCCAAGAGUCAGGCGACCGGGCUGGCUUGUUGUCCCCCCGGGAAGUUUUGCCUAUCCGCUCUCCUUCACCCGGACCGUUCGCCCUGCUUUCCCCGGGUCAGUUUGCUAUUGGAGCUGAUGGGUGGAAAUAUAUGCAUCAUGCUUCACGCCUGCACUCUUUGGCCUCGAUUUCGACACCAGAUAUAGACUCGGUUUCGAAUUCUGAUUUUGAUUACAAGGCGUUCCAGUUCUUUGACGAUCAAGUUGGCGACGGGGAGCAUUCUGCGGUAGAGACCGAUAAGUACAUAAGAUGGAAAUCUGAAUACGGACAGGUCUACAAGAAAUUCGUUGGGAGGUACCUUCAGGACCCUCCAUCACAACCAGUCAAGAUCGCAGUUCUCGACACUGGCAUUGACAGAGACCAUUUCGUCUUUGAAGCCCGCGAGGAGAACCUAAAAGGCAAGAAGAACUGUUACAACGAAUCUCAGAAGAACGUGCCAGAUACCCAUGGGCAUGGAACCUUUACCGCGAACCUUAUUCUGGACUAUGCUCCAGAUGCUAGCCUCUACGUUAUUAAGAUCGCCGACAAGGGGAAUACGAGACCAGACGCGAAGAUCGUGGCCAACGCCAUCAAUCAUGCUAUAGAUAAGUGGGAUGUUGAUAUCAUCUCCAUGUCGUUUGGGUGGCCGUCCUCCGACUUUGACGGCUACAAUGCUCUUCAAGCCGCAAUCGACAAGGCAAUAUCUAGGAAAGUACUCAUGUUUGCUGCGGCCGCCAACUCCGGUGGUCGACUAGGCCGGGCAUACCCAGCCAGCAGCUCACAAGUCAUCUGCGUGCACUCGACCAAUACAAACGGGAGUGCGUCUGACUUUAGCCCGACGGCCGAGCCCAACGCCAUCAACAUUGCGACGGUGGGUGAAUCGGUCCAGUCAGCGUGGCCCAUGCUGCUCUGCCAGAACAAUAACGCAGACUACUUGAAGUCCCGGUCCGGCACAUCGUACGCGACUCCCAUUGUUGCGGGCAUGGCGGCGUUUCUGCUGCAGUAUGCGCGUCUGCAUCUUUCUGAGGGCGAGGCACUGGCGCUGAAGCGGAGGGAGAAGAUGGAGGCACUGCUAAGGAGGUGCGCUGUGCGAGGGCCGAGUUACCAGCCCAGGGAUGGGUACUUCUUUGUUCAUUUGAGUUUGGAUAAGCAUAACCUGUUUGGAGGGGAGCUGGAUUGGGUCAGUUAUGAGAUUUCAAGGGCAUUAAAGACAUAG